AUAAUAUCAUAAUGGUUUUGUCCUGAGUCACAUUUAAUGAUAUAUUAUUUUAAAGCGGGUCGGAACCGGAACUCGUGACGUACAGGCUUGUUUUAACAGCAGACAUGAAACACGUCCCGAAACUCAAAUGAAAUUAAAGUGACAUUCACGAGGAGGAGGAUUGUCCUCUGUUAUGUUACCCAUCAUGCACUUCAGCUGUGUUCUCUUUCACUUUCACUCUUCACCGUCGACCUGCAUUUAGAAGACGACGCGAGGUGAAAGGGUUUCCUGCCUUCUCUGUCACCAUGUUAGUGGCUCUUGUUUUGCUGCUGCUUUCCUUUGGUUCACUUCCCACCUCAUCAGGAGCACAGCUUCCAAACCAGGGUCAGACCAAAGAUCCGCCCAUAGCCACCAAUGGCCAGCCGUUCCCCUGGAACCACAUGCGGCUCCCCAAAACUAUCUCCCCCCUCCACUAUGACCUCAGCAUUCACCCAAACCUGACCACACUUGACUUCACUGGCACUGUUCGUAUUGAGCUGGAUGUGCAUGAGGACACCAACAGCAUUGUUCUCCAUUCUAAGAAGUUGCACAUCUUCUCUGUGCUGCUCUUAGCACCAGAAGGUGUGAGGCCUCUCCAGGUUUUGGAGUAUCCUCGUUCCCAUCAGCUGGCCUUGCUGUCCGACUCUAUGCUGAUUAAAGGUAGUAAGUAUGAAGUUCAGCUCGAGUUUGCCGCCAACUUGUCCGACAGUUUCCAUGGUUUCUACAAGAGCAGCUACCGCACCAGCAGUGGGGAAGUCCGGUUCAUGGCAUCAACGCAGUUUGAAGCAACGUUCGCACGUGGAGCCUUCCCCUGUUUCGAUGAGCCGGCUUUUAAAGCCAACUUCACCAUACGGAUUACACGUGAACGACGUCACAUAGCCAUAUCAAACAUGCCUAAGGUUAAAACCAUUGAGUUACCAGGUGGUUUGCUUGAGGAUCACUUUGACACCUCUGUGGAGAUGAGCACUUACCUGGUUGCCUACAUUGUGUCGGAUUUCCUGUCUGUAAGCAAAACCACCCAGCACGGCGUAAAGAUUUCAGUCUAUGCUGUACCUGAGAAGAUUGACCAGACAGCCUAUGCACUGGAUGCUGCUGUCAAACUGUUAGACUUCUAUGACGACUACUUCGAUAUUCCUUACCCACUUCCAAAACAGGAUUUGGCUGCAAUUCCUGACUUCCAGUCAGGCGCAAUGGAGAACUGGGGGCUGACCACCUACAGAGAGUCAGGCCUCCUCUUUGACCCCGACAAGUCCUCUGUUUCAGACAAACUUGGUAUCACCAAGGUCAUUGCCCAUGAGCUUGCACACCAGUGGUUUGGGAACCUGGUGACGAUGGAGUGGUGGAAUGAUCUGUGGCUCAAUGAGGGUUUUGCCAAGUUCAUGGAGUUUGUUUCUCUGGACAUCACCUACCCAGAGCUGCAAGUGGAUGACUUCUUCUUGGGGAAAUGUUUUGAGGCUAUGGAGGUCGACUCUCUUAGCUCCUCCCACCCUGUCUCCCACCCCGUUGAAAACCCUGUGCAGAUCCAGGAGAUGUUUGAUGAUGUGUCAUAUGACAAGGGAGCGUGUAUUCUGAACAUGUUGCGGGACUUCCUGACUCCGGAGGCCUUUGAGAUCGGCAUCAUCAAAUACCUCAAGCGCUUCAGCUACAAGAACACUGUCAACAGCCACCUGUGGGAGAGCCUCACUAAUGUCUGCACCUCAGAUUAUCUAGAUGAAGGUCGAAUGAAACACAGAGAGUUCUGUUCCAACCGUGACCUCUCCUCUGGAGCCUCAAAAUGGUACUCUGGUGAUGAGCUGGAUGUCAAGACCAUCAUGGACACGUGGACCCUGCAGGAGGGCUUCCCACUGGUCACUGUGGAGGUCAGAGGUCGCGAGGUCAGGCUGAGCCAGGAGCGUUACCUAAAAACAGAUGACCCUUCCCUCACUGAAGGAUUCCUGUGGCAGAUUCCACUGACCUAUAUGACCAGUGUCUCCAACACUGUCCACCGCUUCCUGCUUAAAACCAAGACUGAUGUCUUGUACCUGCCAGAGGAGGUGGACUGGGUGAAGUUUAAUGUGGACAUGAGUGGCUACUACAUGGUCCACUACGCAGGCGAGGGCUGGAACUCUAUCAUCAGAUUGUUGCAGAACAACCACACGGCCCUGACCAGCAACGACCGUGCCAGCAUCGUUCAAAAUGUCUUCCAGCUGGUCAGUGUAGGAAAGGUGAGGUUGGACACAGCUCUGGAGCUGUCUCUCUACCUGUCCAAAGAGACUGAGAUCAUGGCUGUGACCCAGGGCUUUGGGGAGCUUGUACCUCUCUAUAAGCUAAUGGAAAAGAGAGACAUGGCAGAUCUGGAGAAACAGAUGAAGGACUACAUCGUGGAUCUGUUUCGGGGGCUGAUUGAUCGCCAGGAGUGGACGGACUCUGGAUCAGUCUCUGAGCGAAUGCUCAGGAGUUACCUGCUGCUGUUUGCCUGUGUCAGGAACUACGCUCCCUGUGUGACCAAAGCCACCCAGCUCUUUAACAAAUGGAAGGAAUCUGAUGGCAAUAUCAGCCUCCCCGUUGAUGUCACAAUGGCUGUGUUUAUGAUUGGAGCUCGAACACCAGAGGGGUGGGACUUCCUUCUUGAGAAGUACCGCAGUUCAGGUCAAAUGUCCGUCAAGAGCCGAAUGAAAGUUGCCAUGGCUUUCAGCCCUCUGCAGGACAAGCUCACGUGGAUGAUGGAGCAGAGCCUCUAUGGUGAAGUCAUUAAAACUCAGGACCUUCCAGACGUGGUCGUCACUGUCAGCGGCAAUCCACAUGGCUACAAAAUGGCCUGGGAAUUUCUCCGUGCCAACUGGCACGCGCUGAUCAAGAAGUUUGACCUUGGCUCUCACUCGGUAUCAUACAUGGUGACUGGAGUGACCAACCAGUAUUCUACCAGGGACAUGCUACAUGAGAUUCGAGGCUUCUUCGGCUCCCUGUCCGAGGAGACGGGCUCAGAGAUGCGCUGCAUCCAGCAAGCGUAUGAGAGCGUUGAGGACAACAUUCGCUGGAUGGACACCAACCUUCCUCUGCUGCAGGCCUGGCUUGACAAACACAAACACAGAAUCUCUCAUGAGGAUUUGUAGAACUGGGGGAAGAUAAACAAGUCUAGUGUGAUGUGUGUAAAAUGUGGCUAAAGGUUGAAAGUAGUGUGGAUGACUGUGACGACAAUGAAGAGGCCUUUUUCACUCGAUUUAUACUUGAACAGCAAUAACUCCUGUGUGUGUGUGUGUGUGUGUGUGUGUGUGUGUGUUAACCUAAGGCAGUGAGGACAUUUUGGCUGGUCCCCACAUUCUGUCCCUCCUUGAAAGGGCUUUUUGAGAGUAAAGACCUGGUGUUAUGGUUAGAAUUGGGUUUAGGGUUAGGUUUAGGGUUAGGCACUUAGUUGUGAUGGUUAAGCUUAGGGUAAGGGGCUCGGGCAUGCAUUAUGUCAAUAAGUGUCCUACUAUGAAUGCUGUGCGUGUGUGUGUGUGGGACAGAGUGUACGAGUGUGACGGGGUACUGUUUUGUGUGUUUUUGUAUGUGUUUGUGAAAGAGAGUGUGAGAACUUUUUUAUUGAACCUUUAUUUAACCAGGCCUGGCAAAAGGCAGGACCUUUUGAGGGAGAGGGGGAAAAUAAGAUGAGAAUUAAAACAAAAUGUCUAUGUAACAUUUACGUAGACACAGCUAAAAUACACACAAAAAGUACAGUACAAAUCGCCUUAAUGUGUGAUUUUGUAAAAAAAAAGCGUCAGGCAGCCAAAGAAAACAGAACGGGCUAGCAACCAGAGCGACAGUGUUGUGGUAAUUACUCAGAGGUCCACAAGGGGCGAUAGUGGUUCUGCACUGUAAACCCUAACCCUAAUACCAAGUCUUAACCCUCAAAAUAAACCUGCUAAUGUCAUCAAAAUAAUGAGCCCUCACAGGCAACACACAAACUUUUGCCUCGCGAUACUUGUGAAGACAUUCAUAGACAUAAUGCAUUCCCGAACCUUAAAGCUGUAGUUUGUUAUUUUAAAAUAUAAACAAGUUUCUAUUACAUUCAAACCACUGACAAGGUAGCGCCCAGAAUGCUUGUCAAUAAAAUCAAUAAUAGUCCAUUAGGUCCACAUGACUCUCUUGUCUUUCCCGGGAAAGCAGUUUUGAUCUUUUACGUCACGAAUGAGCAGGCGAGGCGGAAGACAGUACUACUGAAAACAACAUGUUACAUACUGUAUGUCCCUAAUGCAAUGUCUCCUGUGUGUCUGUGCGUGUGUCUCCUGUGUGUGUGUGUGUGUGUGUGUGUUGGAUGCAAAUGUGGUUAAAUGUAUUUCAAUUAUACGUUUGAAUGAAAUUGUCUGACAAUAUUACAAACUUUUAUUGAAAAUUGGCGCUAUGGGCCACGUGAAAUAUAUAAGAAAGACAAAAUUAAAAGCGAAAUGUCAAAAUAUUAAAAACGGACACUUAUCUAUUAUCGAAGGGAACGUGGGCAGGUGCUUUAGCAUCAGCUGGAUGUGUGUGUGUGCACGUUUAUGUAUGUAACAUAGUUAACAACAAAAGGUUUCAUCCUUUCAGAUCUUGUUUUACACUUAUGUCAUGGACAUUGGUUUAGUAGUUUCAUUGUCAGACGGACGGCAAUCAAAAUGUCACACAAAACACAAACAUAACAGGCAAGUUUACCUUCCUUUAAUUUCAACUGUAACUGACUAAAGAAAUAGAGCUAUGAGGAAAAUCUCAUUACUGCUGACUGCUGUGUUUUAAUUCUGUAAAAUUCUUAAAAAUUCUCUAAUUUUGGAAAAGGAAUGUGUAUUGAUUGAAUCACAAAUAAAUUUAGAGAAAAAAAACAAUUUGUAUUUAUUUUGUUGAAUAAUUAUGACUAUUGUAUUAUAAUAUUGCCCAACUGUAAUUUAUUAA